AUGAUUCAAUUAAAGACAAUGCUACAAUGCAUCGACAACUCGGGCGCCGCAAUGGUCGAGUGCGCGAUGGUUGUCGGCCAGAAGAAACUCGCCCGCAUUGGUGACAGGAUAGUCGUCGUCGUUCAGAAGCACCGCGGCGCCGGUGACGGUGGCAUGGCCGGCUCCUCGGCCGCGAACAAGGUCAAGCGCGGUGACAUGCGACACGCCGUCAUCGUCCGCACCAAGCAGAAGACCACCCGCCCCGACGGCAGCGUCAUCCGAUUCGACGACAACGCCUGCGUCCUGAUCAACAAGGCUGGUGACCCUGUCGGUACGCGCAUCAACGGUGUUGUUGGCGCUGAGCUGAGGAGGAAGAAGUGGAGCAAGAUCCUGUCCAUGGCACCCAUGCACGCAUAG